AUGAGCGACCCUCAGGACAAUGAGGCCGAGAAGAACAUCGAGAUCUGGAAGAUCAAGAAGCUCGUCAAGCGCCUCGAAGCUGCCAGGGGAAAUGGAACCUCCAUGAUUUCUCUCGUUAUCCCCCCCAAGGACCAGAUCUCGCGAAUUGCCAAGAUGUUGGCUGAAGAAUACGGUACCGCGUCCAACAUCAAAUCCCGUGUCAACCGUCAGUCUGUCCUGUCCGCCAUCACGUCGACCCAACAGCGUCUCAAGCUGUACAACAAAGUCCCGCCCAACGGACUCGUCGUGUACUGUGGUGAAAUCCUGACGUCGGAAGGCAAGGAGCGUAAGGUCAACAUUGACUUCGAGCCCUUCAAGCCCAUCAACACCUCGCUAUACCUAUGUGACAACAAGUUCCACACUGAGGCUCUGGCCGAGCUGCUCGAGUCUGACCAGAAAUUUGGUUUCAUCAUCAUGGAUGGUAACGGUACCCUGUUCGGUACCCUCAGUGGCAACACACGUGAGAUUGUCCACAAGUUUACCGUCGAUCUCCCCAAGAAGCACGGACGUGGUGGUCAGUCUGCCCUUCGUUUCGCCCGUCUCCGUGAGGAAAAACGUCACAACUACGUGCGCAAGGUGGCCGAGCUUGCAGUGCAGAACUUCAUCACCAACGACAAGGCCAACGUUUCCGGUCUCAUUCUUGCCGGUUCCGCCGAUUUCAAGAAUGACCUCAACGUCUCCGAUCUGUUUGACCCUCGCCUGCAGACCAAGGUCAUCAAGGUAGUUGAUGUGUCGUACGGUGGUGAGAAUGGCUUCAACCAAGCCAUUGAACUGUCGGCCGAGACUCUUAGCAACGUCAAAUUCAUCCAGGAGAAGAGGCUCAUUGGCAAGUACUUCGAUGAGAUUAGCCAGGAUACGGGCAAGGUGUGCUACGGUAUCGAUGACACUCUCAAGGCCCUCGAUCUGGGCGCUGUUGAGAUUCUCAUUGUGUUUGAGAACCUCGAGAUUACCCGCUGGGUUCUCCGCGACGGCGAGGGCAACGAGCACCACCUUCAUCUCAGCAAGUCUCAGGAGGAAGCCAACCGCGAUAAGUUCCUCGACAAGGCCACUGGCCAGGAAAUGGAGAUUGUCUCGCAGGAGUCCUUCCUUGAGUGGAUCGCCGAGCACUACAAGGACUUUGGUACCAACCUUGAGUUUGUGUCGGACCGCUCGACUGAGGGCAACCAGUUCGUCAAGGGUUUCGGUGGAAUCGGUGGAAUCCUCCGCUACAAGGUCAACUUUGAACAACUAGCCGAAGUGAGCGACGACGACGACGACUUCUACGACGGUGAGCUCCAACCCGAACUCCACUACAUUCAUCCCAGCACACACAGGACCACACAUAUGCUGACCUCCGAGCUAGAUUGA